AUGUUCCCCACGAGCUACGCGCGCCAGGCGCCGCGGCUGCCGCCGGCAAGCGCGUCUGGCAAGCCGGUGCUCGCGCACUUUGGCGGCCACCACGAUGACGCGCACGCCGCGGCCUCGCCGCCGCCGACGGCGGCCGGCGCGGCGUCGGACGCUCCCGCGGCGGCGGCUGAUGCCGGGAAGAGCGGAGGGAAGGAGGCUGUGGCGAGGGGCAAAGAGGAAAAGGAGGAGCACGAUGAGAAAGCGGCAGAGGAUGAGGACAAGAAAGAGGACUACAAGGAGGAAGAGGAGCAUGAGAAGGAGGAGGAGGAGGAGGAGAAGAAGGAGGAGGAAGAGGAUGCUGCCCUGAAGGAUGGGAUCAGCAAGGUGGUCCAGCAGCUGGGCGCCCAGCGGUCCCGGGAGCGCGGCGCCCCAGCAGCGGCGGGGGUGGCGAACGGCGGGGACGGGAAGCAGCAGGAGGACGAUGACGAGGGCGACGAGUGGGAGGACGAGGAUGUGGGCACGGUGCACGAGACGCUGCACAGCAGGGCGGCCCCGAGCCGCCCGUUCUGGCUGUCGGCCGCGAACGUGCUCAUCGCCGCGGCGGUGUUUGCCCGCGAGCCGCCGCGCGCGCCGGCCGCGCGCGGCGGCGAGCUCGCGCGGCUGGCAAACGGCGGCGCCGAGAACGGCUGGCACGGCGGCGGCGGCCGGGGAGACGGCGGCGGCCUGUUCGGCGGCGCCGAGGGCCGCGGCGGUGGGGGCUGGGGCGGGCGGCAGGGCGCGGCGGCAGACGCGGACGACCUGGGGGACGGGCUGGCGGAUGGGGAUCAGGAUUUGGAGCGCCUUGAGCGCGAAAUGCUGCUCCGGGGCGGCGCGCGCAGCGGGCCAGGCUCCUCGCGCAGUUAG